AUGCCACAACAGACAGAUGAAGGGGCUCCCGUGAGGAUUGCCUCGGUGAGGGAGCGUGGAGGUGCGUUGGUAGGAAAGAAAUUACGUUUAGCAGGCCGAAAUAUGUGUUACGACGAAAACACGGGGUAUCUUGUCCUUCUUGACAGUGGGAUCGGAGUACUGGUGGACAUUUCCCUCGUAUUAGAAAAGGAGAGAAUGUUGAGCUGGGUCCAAGAGAGUUUCAGUCCAGUGGAAGUUUUCGGUUAUCUGGAACAAUGCGAUGAAGGCCUCCCGGUACCCUCGAUGCCACCACAUGCUAGUCCACCUGAGAUUGAUACACACCUGAUUUUACGAGCAAUACUCAUUAUCCCGUCUUCAGACUUGUCGCUGGAUGUGUGGAACAGUGUUGUCGAGGAGUUGGAAGUCGAGCUUGGGAGGCCCCAGGUGGGCUUCAUCGGAGGGUAG